AUGGAACGGCAGAAGCAAGCUCGCGCUGCGAUUAGGACCGCUAUCCGCACCGAAAUACAACGCCUGCAUCAGCGCAACCAGCGUAUCGAUCGUGCGGCCAUCAAGGCAAAAUACAUUGCCAAGAGGCCGGAGUUUGCAGCCUCGAUCCGUGCCACGGUUGAUGACAACACUGCAAAUCUUCUGAGAACCAGCCGCCCGCCCCCUCCAGCUGUUGUCAGACCCGCCUCCUCGGAGUCUGAUGAGCUUACCAGCGAUGAUUCCAGCAAUGAAUCCAGCGAGGAAGGCUAUGAUGGGACUUCCACUGAAAGUUCUGAGGAUGAGUCGGACGACAACUCGCAGGAAAAUUCUGCCAGCACAGACGAAUCUGAGCCUGCUGAAAAUGCUCUUCUUCAAGACUUCAAGGACGACCUUGCCAACGGAAUUGAUAUGAUGAAGCAUAUGACCGUAUCCGAAAUGCCGUCUUUGACGCAGCAGCAGCAGCUUCUGAGCUCUGACGAUGAAGACGAGGGCGUGGCGAGCAUCCCAGCGUCGGGUAACCUGGACCAUUCUGUUUUGGUGUCUGCUAUGCUAGAAAGCAAGGGGUACAAAAUGCCUCCUCAGUGUGGACUGCUCGGGAAGCUCCGCCCAGCAAUCAACGAAUCGAAUGGAAACGCGGAUCCUCGAGUUGUAUUGAACACCAAUGUCCCAUUUUCAGCGUUUAUCUGCGGACUUCAAGGGAGUGGGAAAUCUCACACUACGUCUUGCAUUAUUGAGAAUUGCUCCAUGACGAUGCCAAUGUUGGGCAAUCUGAAACGCUCAGUUUCAACCCUGGUCCUCCACUUCAACGAGUACAGCUCGAACAUCAACACACAACCCAGUGAAGCGGCAUUCCUAGCGUCAAUACUCCCUCAGUACAAGUCGCAAGCGAAACCCAUCCCCUUGCGUAUUCUCGUUUCGCCCACGAACCUCCACAAUCUCUCCAAAAUGUACUCACAGAUCCCGAACGUGCAAGUCCGUCCAUUUAAAAUCCAUCCUGGUCAUUUGAACAUUAGCAUGAUGCUUUCGCUCAUGUCCAUGUCCGAAGGUAGCAGCAUGCCGCUUUAUAUGGGGCAGGUGCUCAAAGUACUGCGAGAGAUGGCGAUGGAGAGCGGAGGGCAGUUCAAGUACACCGAGUUCCGCGGGCGCCUUGACGAUCUGAAACUGGACCGAACCCAGACGCCUUUCUUAGCACAGAGACUGGACCUUCUUGAUUCCUACCUUGACCUCCGCGGCGCCUCUACCGGUGACUACUUUACUGACGGUGGUGUCACCAUUCUCGACUUGUCCUGCCCAUUUGUUGACCAGGGUACGGCCUGCAUCUUGUUCAAGAUUGCGAUUGAUCUAUUCCUUUACGCGCAUCCGUCGCGUGGCAAGAUGAUCGUUGCGGAUGAAGCUCACAAGUACAUGACCGAUACCCCAGCCGCGAAAGAGCUCACCGAGACCUUCCUGACCAUCAUCCGCCAGCAGCGCCACCUCGGCGUCCGCACCGUCAUCUCAACACAGGAGCCCACCAUCUCUCCCCGUCUCAUCGAUCUGUGCUCAAUGACCAUCAUCCACCGCUUCACCAGCCCGAAGUGGUACGAGACUAUCCGCAGCCACCUCCCGAUCGAGAAAGUCAACGACAAUAACGAACACGGCAUACCCGACGGCCUUUACCGCAUCGCGAGCCUUCGCACAGGCGAGGCGAUUGUUUUCGCGCCCUCUGCUCAGCUUGUUGACGGGGACGGCGUGUCACUGGAUACCAAACACCGCACAUUCAGACUGGCCGUUCGCAAGCGCAUUACCUGGGACGGAGGCCGCACCAUCCUGUCCAUCCGCUAA